CACGCCAUUUCAUCAUGUCGGUUGAGCAGUCGCUAGAAUCGUUGGGGUUGAGCGUGGGCGACCCCGAAGAACUCUUCGAAAUCCACUCGCGCGAAGGCGCCGGGGCGUUCGGACAAGUCUUCCGCGCAAGCUACCGAAGCACCCGCAAGGAAGCGGCGCUCAAAGUCAUCCAGAUCGCGUUAAAGCCUGGGCAGUAUGGCGAGGACGUGGACAACGUCCGUCGAGAAAUUGAGUUCCUACGCGAAUGCGACCAUCCAAACGUCGUGGCAUUUUAUGGGGCGUACUACAAAGAAGGCGCGCUUUGGAUCGCGAUGGAGUACUGUGGAGGCGGAUCCGUCGGCGACAUCUCGCGCCAGCGCAGGUUGUGCGAGCAAGAGAUUUCCGUCAUCAUGCGUGGGGCGUUGGAAGGACUCGCGCAUUUGCAUUCCAAGAAGAAAAUCCAUCGCGAUGUCAAAGGGGGCAACAUUCUUCUAACCACCGAUGGCUACGUCAAGAUUGCUGACUUUGGUGUAUCAGCGCAACUGCGAGACACGUUAUCUCGACGGGGCACGUUUGUGGGCACGCCCUACUGGAUGAGCCCAGAAAUGAUCCAAGACUGCAACUAUGACUACAAGGCGGACAUUUGGUCGUUGGGUAUCACGGCGAUCGAACUCGCUGACCAGCGCCCCCCCUUGUUCGACGAGCACCCCAUGCGUGUCCUGAUUCAAAUCCCGCGCAACCCGCCGCCGCGACUCAAGCAGCCGCAAGACUGGUCGGCCAACUUUUCGCACUUUUUGCAGUACUGCCUGACAAAGUCCCCCACGGAGCGCCCCACGGCCACGGCGUGUCUAGCGCAUCCGUUCAUCACGUGCUGGCGCGACAUUCCUCGCGUCGUAUCGGGCGGUGUUGGCGGGGUGUUGCUCCGAUCCAAGAGCAACUUGCACGAAGGGCCCGAGCGACUUCUUACUCCACUCCACGCAGACCACCCCCCUUCUUCUUCUUCCAUGCCCACGAUCCCCGAGUCUCUGGGGCAAUCGAAUGCCUCGACGUUGGACGACCUCAUCCACGUCGCCCAGUCCGCUUCGAUCGCAGAGGACGACGAUCAGUUGGAGGUGUGCGACAUCUUGGGAUACGACAACCACGAAGGAUCGAGAUCGGAUUGUUGCAACGUGCCUGAAGUCGUGUUGGACCGAUUGUUGGCCAUGGUACCUCCCCCUGAUGAUGACGACGACGACGACGACGGCUACGACGACAACGAAGUCAACGUCCUGCUGGAAGCGUCGUCGAGUGCCGUGAGCGACGUUGACGCGAUGGACGACCUCAUUACGCUGGCCAGGGCUUCGUCCAUGGAGCCUGCGACGGUGGACACUCUAGACGAUGACAACGAUGGCGUCGAGGAGGAAUCAACGACCAAGCCGAUUGACUCAUCGGAUGUCAAUGUCAACAACUGCAGCACUCAUGAGAUGGUGACCAAAAUGGGUCUUCUUCCCCCAAGUGACGACGCGAUGUCGCACGAUUCAGUGGUUUACGAUGAUUCCUAUGGUGCCCAACAUCCUCCCGAGCCCCAACACAUCGAAACCCCAAUCGACGAUCGUUUAAGCGUCCUCGACCAGCCUGGCAAUGCUAUGAACGAAUCACAUGUCGCCAACUUGCCCGACAUGACAGCCAACGACCCCCCCCCCAGUACGAGUGUGCCACCUGUGGAGGAAGACGUAGCCAAAGCCCAGGAUGCUGUCGGUGCAAUUCUAGAGCAUGCCUCGGAUGCGGCCGUGUUGCCUCCCACGAGCGAACAACUCCAGCCCGAAAUAGAGCCGGUGGUGCAUGUAGAAGUGAAGCGCUUUGCAGUCGAACAGAUCGUGUCGGACAAACCUCCAUCCCCCCCUGCGUCCCCCACCCACUCGGCCCCCACGACGUUUGUGGGGACACCCUUCCAAGUCGCGCACGACGUGUGUGUGCGAUACAACACGUUUGACGCCAAGUACGAAGGCGUGCCGGUAUCACUCGACUCGCUCCACAAACACUUUGGGAUCCCCCUGUCGCAGAUGCGAUGCAGUACCAAGCACCCCGACGACCUCGUGCCAGCGCUGCUGCAUAUGCUGAGGCGCGAACUGGGGGACGCGGGGAUCACGGCCAAAUACAUCUAUCGGUCAUCCCCCGAUCACGGCCAAAUCCAGGCGGCCAAAUUGGCGCUGAACACAGGCAUGUUCGACGGACCUUCCAAGCGAGGGGACCCUUACUUGCUGUCGAGUUUGAUCAAGUGCUGGUUUCGAGAGCUACCAACACCGCUGCUGGCCCCAUGCUGCAGCGUCGACGCGUCCGUCGCCGCCCUCGCCGCGCUCGUCACGCAACCUGCGGGCAGCACCGACGUGGCUUUGGUUUGCAAUGACUUGGACACGUUAGACUUGGCCGUACGCACGUUCUUGGCGCCGUUGUGCGACCAGGCGCGGCAGAUCUUUGAGUGGCUCGUCGAGCACUGGUGUCAAGUUGUAGACAAGCACACGCUCAACAUGAUGAACGCCCACAGUUUGGCGAUUGUGUGGGUGCCGAAUUUGAUUUCCAUGCCAGCUACGUCCCCACAAGACGCGUCUCGAGUGUCCAAUCAAGUCGCGACGAUCCUGCAAGUGUGCAUGUUGUGGUGGCAACUCUCCCAUACAUCGUCAAAUCCAACAGACUUUGGGAGACUCGAGAAGCAGCCCAGCGCGCGGACCGUGGAGGCGGCGGCCCCCGCGCCGCCUUCGAAACCGCAGAGGCCGCUGCUCGUGGACGGCAAGUUGUUCCACACCCGCAGAUGCCUCGUGCGGGUGCUGCAGCAAGAUAUCGACCGCGCCAUCACCGACAAGUGGUCGUUUGUCGACUGCCAGCGUCAAGUGCUCAAUGGGCUGCGGUUGUACGCCCGGACCAAGCAAGAACGCGAGUUUGCCGACAAGUUGCUGCAGAAUCCAGCUGCAAAGUCGUACACUCGUCCUGCGAGCUUACACGACUGUGGGCGGUGGAUCGACAUUGCGAUGGACGCCACCGCGUUUGCCCAAUUCGAAGCUCAGCAACGUGAUGUUGCUCUGCAACUUGAUCACCUGCUAUUGCAAUACCCCCAGCUGACACUCAUGCCCCACUUGGCGACUACCCGUCCAUUGCUGCUUCCAACACAAUAACCAGAUGUCCAACGACAUAUGGAUGAUUUUCCGCAUUCAACCACUAUGACAAUGCAUAUUAUAUUCUUGUCGGUAUAUUUAUUUGUGCAUGGGUCCAAUGGUCUUGAGCUGUUUGAGCACGGCGUCGAUCACUGAUUUCUUGAGUCCGACCGUGGUUUCUGCUUUGGACUUGUUGCUUUUGAAGAACAUGGACGACGAUGCCGCCGCCGCCGCCGCCACGGACGUUUCCUUGAACUUUUCCACGACGGCCACGACGUGGUCGGGCAUCACAUGCGUGUACUUGCCUCCGCUUCUACCAACAUAUACACACACACCACCAUAUAUGAUAAAGUACAAGGCAAAGUGUGAAGAUAUAUGGAUAAAAUCACGAAAAUGAAUGGACCCAACGCACUUGAACGUGGUGUGGUCCAAUCGCUCCAGGUCGUCCGACACGAUCAAGUCCACCAACUGGGUCAUGGGCAUGAAGCAGUCUUUCAGCUGCCCCACGCCACACGUGCCAGCGUAUUGCACCAGCGCAUCUACAAUAUAUAUAUAUAUAU